AUCUAUUAUAAACAGGAUCAACGUAGAAUACUGUAAGCCAUGUUUGCACUUGUGCUUUUCGACUUGGAUGGCUGCACAGCUAUAAUUGAUGCCAAGAAAUGUCAAGUCCCUGACAUUAAAGCCUUAGUGAAAGGACAGCAUGUUGAUGUCAAAUAUCAUAAGGAGACAUUCAAAGUUGAAAUCCUGGAGUUAUCUGAGUCCAGAGCUGUUCUGAACCAGUAUGAGGAUGAUUGGUCCUCCAGCCAUAGGUCACUGGCCCUAGAUAAAGAAAAGAAAAAGAGAAGAAACAAAAGAAAUGGAUAUCUAGCUGUUUGGCCACAUGAUCAGGAAGACAUAAUUCCUUCAACAUCUGACAUCAACCAGAACAGGGAGGAGGAGCCUGAAGAACCAAGUGAAAAAGUUAAUCUGCCUAAGGAACCAGAAAGAAACAAUGCCAAAGAACGAAAGGGCUCCAAUGGGAGAAAGAUUACCAUUCUGUAUGAAGGAUCUGCUGAGAAUCAGUCGAACAAUGCCAGUCCACAGCGUGCUCCAUGCUAUCUUCAGGAAUUAAGUACAGAUGAGGCUGAAGUUGUUGAACUCCAAAUGAACUAUUUCAAACAGAACAAAAUCUGCACCUCAUCUCAAACAGAAAAAGUUGUGGUGAUCCAAGAUGAGCAAGAAAUUGUAGACCUUCUUUCCAGCAACAAAAAGUGUCAUCACAAAGCCACCCAAAUGGAUAAUGACUCUAGAGACAUGUACCAAGUCAGAGAAAUUUCUACCCAAACUGAUAACAACAUGCAAACAGAGGCCCAGGAUUUGACUGCUGUGAACCUUAAGCUUGACGAGAUUUUGAGCCUUCUACAUGGAGCAAUAGACAAUUCUAUGAGAGUCAACAACGUUAGUGAAAUUGUACGAUGGGUGACAGCAAACACCUCGACACCUCAACCAGGCAUGCCAACAGUAUCAAUUGUUCCAGUUGAGGAGUCUUCAAUUCUGGAGUUGCCUAUAAGGGAAGAAAACAAAACAUCACCAGUAAUUUCCACUGAAGCAGUAAUGAGGGAAGAAGAGUAUGAUCACUGUGAUUCUUCUCCUCCAGCAAAAAAGGCCUUAUUUGAAGUAAAUGAAGAUGUCGAGACAGAAGAGGAGCAACCUAGAGAAACUGGAGAACAACCCAGUGCUCCAGAUCGCGAAGUUCGUGCUCCACUGAUGGACGUCACCCACAGAGUCAGCAACAGAAAGCAUGUUAGUGAAGACAAGGUUCUUACCCUGGAAAACAAGCCAUUGGAACCAAUUAUUGAAAUCAAAGAUGUUAGUGAAGUUGUGCCAGGGGAAGUCCAGUUUAGAAUGAGACGGGAUAUCCUUGCCGAUGUCCAAACUAGUGCUUGUUCAGAUGGAAAUUUUCUGUGGCUUUUGACCAGGAAGCUGUUUCAUGAUCAUGAGUUGCGAGGGAAGAAUUUCUUUGGACGCAAAGGACGACCCCCAAUUUCACCUCGGCGUAGCAAAUGCCUCAAGCACGCAUACAUUGAAUGCUGUGGAACAAGCUACAAGGAAUUUACGAAAGCUGUGAGCAGCAUCAACAAUGGAAUUCGCUCACUUAGCCGUUAACUUC